CAAUUGCACAGGAACAGAAAAAAAUUGCCUCGAUUGCAAGCGGACGUGUUUGUCGAACAAGUUCUCCCGUCGCGUACAGUCAUCGCGUGCGUAGAUCGCAACCGUACUUCGAGUUUCGUUUUAUUAAAACCUCUCAUCCUACCAAGUCAAAAUGGUGUACAUGGUGAAAGAUUCCGAGGACUUCAACAACAAGCUUGAAGCGGCCGGCGAUCAGCUGGUGGUGGUUGACUUCUUUGCCACCUGGUGUGGACCGUGCAAGGUGAUCGCACCGAAGCUGGAAGAGUUCCAGAACAAGUAUGCCGACAAGAUCGUCGUGGUGAAGGUGGACGUGGAUGAGUGUGAAGAACUUGCGGCACAGUACAACAUCGCCAGCAUGCCCACCUUCCUGUUCAUCAAGAAGAAGGAAGUGGUGGCCCAGUUCUCCGGUGCGAAUCCCGAAAAGCUGGAAAACUUCAUCCAGCAGCACUCCGGUUGAGCCAAGCGAAAGGAUACAAUCAAACUGCUGUAUACCCCGCGGUUGGCGGUUAGAGGAUAUAAACGCAUGCGGCAGCGCCAGCCAGAGAAGCACAACUACACACAGCCAUACCACACCACACACUCUCACAACCUUUCCCCAUAAAAGUCACCAAUUACGCAAGUGUGUGCAGUGUACGAUAAGGACAUCCAAAGUCUCUCAGUUGCUUUUCGGUUGACGAACGAUUUAGGAGAAGACAUUUUCGAUUUUAAUCAACACCAUCCUCCGCUUCAUUGCAUGUAAUUUUUUUUUCCUGUCCGUGCGUCCGUGCAUGCAUGCGCUCCGAUUCGUUGUUAAGCAGAUAGAAAGAUAAGCGUUUUACUUACACGCAAGAGAAAAGAAAAGCAAAACAAAAACAACCCCCCCCUUAAAGAGCAUAAGAUUCGCCGUCGCUUCACCAUUUGCCUUGUAUCGUGUUAUUUAAAUAUAAAUGUAUUUGUUGUGCUCUAUUUUGCAGUGUUUUAUGUAUUUUGUGGGGAAGAAACAAAAAGGAUAAUAAUAUACGCGCGUACACAUGUCGAAACACCCAACCCAUCACCACCCACCACCCGUACGUACCCAGUGCUCUCGCUAUUAAAUAGUAACGAAGUAAUGUGAAUUGUAUUUAUCACCUUAAAAGUAAAAUAAAUUCGAAUCGGCUUACGUGAAGCGUGUGUAUACAACGAGGAAA